GUCGAUUGUACAUUGGAACUUACUGCUUGCUUCGCCCCUAACCCUAGCCUUGACUCCUCGCUUGACGCCACACCAAUAGUACACGAUGCCGGGAGUUCCAUCAAACAAGGCGUGUGAGCGAUGUAAGAAGCGCCAUCUCAAGUGUGACGAGACGCGUCCUAGGUGCCAGCGCUGCACCAAUGCCGGAGUUGAAUGCCCGGGAUAUGUCCAAACUCGGAAGUUCAUCGAUCAAGGUGCCUCUGUUCGGCGUCGAUAUGCCCCAUAUCAGGAAAGUAAUCCCAAAAGGGAUGCUUCGCAUAGUCCAAAUAAAGUGACGAGGGAUAGUCCGUCCAAUAUUGAAGGAAGUGCAACUAGAAAUGAUGCUUCGAAGGAGCCCAUACGCAAUCAUGUAGCCGAAACAACUGCAGCCGACCAGUCCGCCGAUGCUAGCCAGGCCUUUUUUGCUUCACCUAUAGCGGAUUCAAGACGUCAAAACCAAAUCCAAGCAGACACUCAGCCUGGCUCUGACACUAAUGCUGUUUCUACUGCAGCGCGUGAACAACCAUUGUCGGGCUUGCAUACUCGUGCCGCUCACGUCUCUCACAGUCAUAGUAGCCCUUUUGACGAUGGACUCCACUCCCACGGAGAUGCGCCCAUGACUUAUCAUGAAGAGCAUGCAGCGGCUCAUGAUAAAUUAUCAUCUCAUGAUGGCCAAUCCGUGCAAAGCGAUAAGGAGGGUUUUCACGAGGUAGUAUCAGAGUUGAUGACCGAUUCUGAGCAUGAGAUAUCCUUUCUUAUACGCCAUUACUCGCAAUAUAUCGCCCCAUGGCUGGACCUUUCGGAUAGCAGAAAGUUCUUUACAACCUAUGUUCCUAUACGUGCGAUAGACGAUGCUUACCUGCGGUACUCGAUGGCCGCUUUAGCAGCCAAACAUCUGGGCCAGAUGAAGGGCGCAACAUGUCCAGAAAGCAUUGGCAUGUUUACUAGCCCUGCAGUCAUGGAGACGUACCCAAACGCACCCGAAGUGGACUGGUAUCUCAAGGCAGCCAACUACUACUAUCUAUCUAUUGCGCGCAUGAACUCGAGCAUGCCGGAAUCCUUUGCAGCUCCGUCCAGUUCCGCUGUCCUGGAAGGCCCAGUCGACAUCGUGAAAAACUGGCUGCACCGCCACGCAGAGACCACUCCUCCCUCCGCAACAGAUGAUACUUUAUGGAGGAAGGCAGAGGCCUUGCUAGCCACAGCAACCAUUCUCACGAUGUAUAAGCUCAUCAACGAGCCCGGAGAGAGAUGGAAUUUACACCUCACCAGCGUCAACUCCCUGUUCGAAUCCGUCCUCCACCUCUACGGCAACUCCCACAAUAACCCAAUCAAAUUCACCAACGGCAUCAACGCCUCAUUCUGGAAUUUCGCUCGACAAGACUACCUAGCUUCCUACUUCAACCGCCUCCCCACCUACUUCGACCCAACCAACCUCCCCCUCUGGCGCGCAGCCGGCCUCUCCAUCACCGAGGCAGGUGAAAUCGACCCAUCAAGCAGCACAUCCUUCCCCACCCCCGAAGACUUCGCCUCCAACAGCCUCACCUACCUCCUAUCCAACCUAACCAACUUCCUCGCCCACUGCCGAACCUCCCAACUAGACCAACUCAUCACCCACCAAUCACCACCAGCACCACCCACAACAACAACACCCCCAAACCACCCCCCAACCUCCACAACCUGGCUCAACAUCUCCGUCUCCUUCCAGUCCUGGGUCGACCGUAUGCCCGAAACGUUCCGCCCAUGCCUACGCCUCCACAGCCCCCGCCCGGAAGUCUACUACAGCCUUCCAUCCUGCGCAUCAACAAUGCAGCAAUACCACUUCGGUCGGCUAGCUCUAUGUCUCAAUCGCCCCGCGGACGUGAUCACGAGUCCCACGACCGCGUUCGACCGGCUACAGGGGUACAGGGAGGUCACGAAGGAGGUGGAUUACAGAUGUCAGGAGAUUGUGGGGAUUGCGGCGGCGAGGCCCCAGAGCUGCGCAAGGAUUUAUAUGCCCGCUUUGCUGUUCGCCGCGGGCCAAUGUCUGGAGAAGCAGUCGGAGAGGCAGGUUGUGGAGGAGUUGUUGUGUGGGAUUGGGGCGGAUUUGGGAUGGGAGACGGAUUCGGAGAUUCAGAGGUUGAAGGAUUUGUGGGAGGAGAGGUAGGUAAGUAGUUCUACUUUUGUGUACUUGUUUGCGGUGGAUGUAUUUAUAGUGAAUUGAUUGGGUUGGUAGGUAGGUGUAGAGGGUGUUUGUUUUGUUCUGUAUGUUUUGUGAAUCCUGGAUACAGUCGAGUGCCGCUGCGGCAGUUAGGCAGAGCCGAAGUUGAAUAGACUUCGAAAAUAAAGUGUAUGAUUGGAUGGAACUGCAGCCAGUUAUAAACAGAGUAUGGUUGUACCGUUCAACAGAAGAAAAGCGGGAGUGAUAUCGGGAGAAAACCUGUCUUUCAUCUACCCGACACCAUCUAUUCCCUGUUCCUAUGAAUGCAUAAACAACCCACGUACGUUGUACAAAGUCAAUGGACUCAAGAGACUAAACCUAGAAUCCAUUCGUUGACGUAGUCAA